AAGAUGACAUACAAUUGUGAUGACAUGCAAUUGAGAGGUGGGGUGCUAUAGGUCCACUUAAAACAAUGCAAUCAAUUCAAGGACGCUUCUUCGGCAACUUGGAAAGCGAAACCUCGCUAUUAUUCCAUGUCAUUUAGCAUGCCUAGUAGUUGAAGAAUUGUAGCUCUCUGUGAAAUUAUUAGGAAAGAUCAGAGAGCCUUAUAACAACCUCUGAUUUACGGUCCUACCUAACAUGGCUACGUCAAGAUACAAAAUCAGUUGAUGCUGUAAGUUUUGGGGUCGUAUGAGGCUUUACUUAAUAAUGUUUUAAGAUAUGUUUGGACAGGAGUAUAGUGAGGAAAUGUGUAUUUUUUAUAUUAAAGUUUUGAGAAGGCAAGAAUACAACAAGAAAAGGCCUUAACUUUGCGCCUUUUUAUAAGAUGUAGAUAUAUAGUUUGUGGUUGUUUAAACAAUAUUUUAUUAUGUAUGAGUGUACAUAAUAAUAUAUAUAUAUAGCUUGUGGUCUCUCCCAAUAUCUUCCCAGACAGCAUCUGCAUCUUCGCGUCCAGGUAAACAAUCGUGAAAUAAACUUCUCUGGUAUUUUACUCUUUAUGUAAAACUUAUACGGUACCAAUUUUGAUGCACCAGAUGCGCAUGUCGACAAAUAAUGUCUCUUCCGUGAUGCUCAACCGAAAUGUAUCAAAUGAUGUGAUAAAUGCAGCUGUCAUAAUUCAUUUGAAUAUUACGAUAACGUUUUAAACAUUCUGUACACUUACGAUUAUUUAUUACAUUUAUAAAAAAAAUUAUGAAAUGGAACAACAUCGUUUGAUUCUGCUUAAGAGGCAUAGAAAAAAUGAUCAAAAGACUUUUUAUGUAAAAGAAAACCAGGAAUUAAAUGUCAAAGUUGUUAACCCCAGGGGAUUAAGUGUUCACCGUACAGUAGUCAGAUAUAAGCCAAAGUUGGGAAUUAUGAUUUAACGAAUGAGUGAUGGUGCAACUUUAAUGCAUACAAUGCGUUAUGGUUAAUUCUUAAUCCCCGUCACAUGAACUCCACGCACUUAUUAACAUUCCCUGUUUGAUUAUUUUCGGGCGAUUUUCAAAACAUUGGUAAAAAUAGAUAAUUGCGAUUUAACAACUUUUCCCAGUGAAAUAUGCAUGCUUAGAUUUCAAAUUUCAAAUCUAUGUCGGGUAGUGUUUAUCUCGUUAAUGAAAUCGACAAAAAAUUCGCAAAACAUUUAUAUGUAUUUCCUUUUAAGAUUUUCUUGUCUUGAAAUUUUAUCCUCAAUAGUUAUAUCUCAACGUCCCCGGAAGCGUUGCGUUUAACGUACACCUGUACUUAUAAUUCUAAUGAAACGGUCAGAAUUAUAAUUAUUUACGGUUCCUGUUUUAUUGUUAAUGAUUAGUGACAUAGUACAGAGAUUGUCAUAUGUUCAUCAUUCUUAAAACUGCACAGAAGGGUGUGAACAUGACAUCAGGGACCGCCUAAUGCUGGUAAAGUGACCUGAUAAAGGCACGUUUUCUAUGGAUUAAAACUUCCACAUCGAACAUUGACCACGUGCAAAUGUUGACAUAAUUACAGGUGUUCUAACAUCAUUUAUGAACCCUUUCAAAUACAGUUUCAUUUAUUAAUACCUGGAAUAUUUUAAGAACAAAUUUUAGGGACAAAAGACCUUAAGUAAUUAAAGUGUCACAUAUUAAACUUUCAUAUUAACAUUUCCACUACAUUAAAGGGUGGGACAAUCUUAUAAUAUCAUUAAAUGGAAUUGAAAUUUUCCAUAACGUCAUCGUUCUUUCCAUUACAACCUAAUUACAAUCAAAAUGGAAUAAUCUCAAUAUUCACAAACUGUAUCGUUUACUCAAAGUGUUUCAAAACUGGGUAAAAGAGACAGUGAAAUGGAUAAAUUAUUCUACACAAUUUUUGUAAUCGUUAUCUCAACAAAAUUAAAAGGUAAGUAAACAAAAUAGCAUUUUUUUGAAAAAUGAAUCUCUUCCUCAAUAUAACACCAGAAAGUGAAAUCUCACGGCAUUAAGAGAAAAAAAAAACUUCCUAUCAUGUAUUCAUCAAAUAGUUUUGUGUUAACUCGUAUCGCAAAAGCUGAAAGAAAUGAAUAAAUUAUACGGAACAUAUCUCCUGAGUUUACAGUGGUGGAUCACAUAUAUUUCUGUUUUAGAGGUGGAAUCGUCCACGACGGAGAAGAAUUUGUACAGCGCCCUCUUUACAAGCUAUAACAAUGAAAUCCUGCCUCGAUGCAACCACGCUGACAACGUCACCGUCACUCUUGACAUGUCCCUCCGCGAAAUCAUUGCCCUGAAUGAACGGGAACAGACUCUCAAAAUAAAGAUUUGGGUUCGUGAGAGCUGGACAGAUUGUGGUCUCAGUUGGACACCCGCCACAUACGGGGGUCUGACCUCCUUAUCUGUAUCAAGAGGCAAAGUGUGGACACCGGAUAUCACCUUGUUCGAGAGUGUUACUGAGGGUGAAGAUAUACCAGGACGAAAUUUUUAUCGGAUCGCCCUGUAUUCCGACGGGACAGCAAAGUCUUAUAUUCCAGCAGUAGUGGUAAUUUCCUGCUCUGUCGAUGUCACAUACUUCCCGUACGACACCCAAACAUGUACCCUCAAACUCGGCUCAUGGAUUUACAAUGGAUUCGAUAUCGACGUACUAGCCAAAGGUUCUACAGGAGAUUUGACUUCAUUUGUGGCCAACAAUGAGUGGGAUGUUUUAAGCCUUCUAAGUGAGCGGAACUCAGUCUACUACCAGUGUUGUCCAGAGCCCUACCCGAAUGUCACCUUUCGUGUUCGGAUGAAGCGGAAGCCCAAGUUCUAUGUUCUAACAAUCAUAUUCCCCUGCACACUUGUAAUGGCUCUUGCUGCCCUGGGAUUCAUACUUCCGGCUGACUCUGGGGAGAAGGUUUCUUUGGAAGUCACCGUGUUGUUGUCGCUGUCUGUCUUUCUCCUCCUCGUUUCUGAUAAAUUACCAGCAUCCGCGGAGACGUUUCCUAUCAUAGGGUUGUACUUUACUGUGUCCAUGGUAAUCGUCUGUCUCUCCUGCUUACUUGCCGUCUGGGUCCUGUAUUUGCAUUUCCGUACAGAAUCAACCAGUCCGGUGCCAUUGUGGGUCAAACGUGUGUUCCUGAUAAAGUUACGGUUUGUACUCUGUGAAAAACCAACGAUUGAAGAUUUGGAUCAAGUGGAAGAGAUUGAAAGAGAAAAGGACACAGCCAAAUUCAGAAGAAUGACCCCUCUGACACAUGUACGACCUUUGUCGGAAGUGGAUGUCAAUCAGUCGUCUCGUGAACCUAAAGCUGACAAUGUGAUGGACUCGGAACAGAAACUGGAAGAAUGGCGUACUCUAGCACGUGUUUUGGAUCGUCUAUUUUUUAUCUUAUACAUGAUUAUUUCCCCAUUAGUGACAAUAGCUUUCUUUGGCGCUUUGAUUAAUAAUUGAUUAAAUAUUUCAUUGUUAAAAAUGCGAUUCAUAAUGCCAUCUUGUUUAGUCAUAUCAACAAUGGUCAUACCAGUGCUAGUAAGUUGUUUUGUUUUUUUAUUGAUAUAUGCAAUAUUGACUAUAUGAGUUUUGUUUUAUUCCACUAUGUAGCGCCUUGCCAAGUACAGUUUGUGUGCUAAGUAUCAUCAUCCAAUGACUCAAGACGAUUCAUAUAUAUCACCUAAGUAUGGCCAUUCCGUGUACUACGUAAAAAGCCUGGAACACCCUUCACUACAAAUUAUCACCAGAAUUUCCUAUUUCUUUUAUAAGUGUCCAUGACCUUCGUCAUAUGACAUUUUUCAGGUCAUGAACCACCAUCUGUCUACAAGCAUUCUUUGCACUAAGUAUUGGCCUCUAAUAUAAUUUCGUUAUUAUAAAAUUAUGAUAUUCCGAAUACAUAUUUUCAAAUUGAAUUCAAUUGUUUUACUGGGAUUGAAGAGUACGUAGACUUAGGCCUUGUCUGUACAUUAGAGCAAUGCCGUGAAUAAAUCAACAUACUAAUAUG